UGGUUUCCUGGUUUCCUGCAAGGAAGCGGACGCCAUGAUCCCUGAAGUCCACAGAGUUUCGGACAACUCUUAGCUGACGCCGCGACUAGGUGCAUUUUCCUUGUCAGUAUCCUUUGUUCGCCGCUCCAAAUGGAGCUCUCUGUGGAAGGCUAAGAACCAGAGAGACGAGCUCUUUCACUCUGACUCAACCUCGUAAUAGGUCGAAUUCCACUACCAGUCUCCUCCGUCAUUAUCUUUAUUUUUACGUACCAAUCGCCUCCGUCGUAGGUUGCAGUUUCCUGAUAUUUAAUAUUCUUACAGUGAAUUCUUACACACAUGCGGAGCUGACGUGGCUGGCCGGCAAAUUGCAUCACAUGUGAUUCCAGCCAGAAGCUGAAACCGUCACUGACGGUUUACCAGGCCGUCAGUUAGCAAGUCCGCGAGCAGUUAUCCGACAGUAGCAUUUCACGUCGGAGAUAGCCGCCUGACGACCACAGUAACCACUUAUCGUCAAAUUUGUAUCGCGCCGAUAUUUCCUUCCGAAUUCCCACAAUAGAGAGUUUUGUUUCGAAACCAUGACUACCGACACCCGCUCCUCGUGUUCUACUGCGUCUACCUGGUCAGAAAACGGCGCCACUGAUCGCAUUUUUGAGACGUCUGAAGGAUCCUCAGCUUCUUCCUGGAAAGAGAACGGCAUCACUGAUCGGAUAGUCUGCUUCCUGGAAGGCCUAGGCUCCCCCUCCGGUUGCCGGCACGAGGACUUCCGGCUGCAGAACGGCGAGGAGGCGUUUCGAGGUUUGCACUCCGACUGGGUGACCAACGAGCUGCUGGCGUGCGCGAGACCCACGGACGCCAUGAUCGAAGACGGAUUGGCGCAUAGAUUCGCUGAAAGAGGCAUCAGGCUGAUCGUGAACCUGGAGGAACCAGGGGAGCACCCAUGGUGUGGGCCAGGGAUCACAGCGUCGGGGUUUUCCUACACUCCAGACAAAUUCAUCAAGGCUGGAGUGGGUUACCUCCACGCGCCCUGGAAGGACAUGGCAUGCCCGCCGUUCCCUACCAUGCUCUCUAUCGUCCAGAGCAUCUCCGUCGUCAUUGGACGGCGCCAAAAGGUUGCUGUUCACUGUCAUGCUGGCCUGGGUAAGCAAAGCGGCUGCUAAGGACUUCACUCGACUCGUUUUAUGCUCUAACAAUCUCGCAAGCUCGUAUGCCAUGCGUGUGACAUAGCUAUUUUGAUUCUGCAGGGAGGACAGGCCUUGUGAUCGCAUGUUACUUAGUCGCAGCAAAUUCUCUGGCGGCUGCUGAUGCUGUAGCUGUUGUGCGAGCGAUGAGGCCUGGAUCACUGCAAACACGGAAGCAGGAAGUCUAUGUGGCUGAAUUCCAGAGAUUUGUGCGUGGAGAUGCCACCAAUGGGUCCCAAGAACAAGCCCCUUUGUUGGCUGGGCAAUACUCUCCUGAGGGCGCAUGGAUAUACAGGAUCCAGGAUCUAGCAUCGUACGCUUGCCUUCUAUGCUCUGUUUGUUGCAAUCGUAGGAGAAGGCCAAUAGCCUGCUAACUUAUACAGCUGUUUGUUUCUCACCUGUAUACAGUUGAGCUUAAAGCCCGCGGCCCAAAUUGUUCAUACGCAUUGCGUAUGAACUGUGAGCCUCAGCUUGGACGAAAUACAGA